AUGUCGAUGGAUUCGCUUCCGGAGGAGCUGUACCGAUCAGCCACGGUGUCGGCAUCGUCGGGGACCUUGCCACUCACGCCUUUGCAGCGUCAGGAGAUCGUUUCGGCCGCGCAGACCUUUGUGCAGCGCGCAUUUGCCGCACACGAUCCGUCGCACGACUACCACCAUAUCAACCGCGUGCACCUGCUCGCACUCGCCCUCACGCGCUCACCCGAGCUCCCACCCCUCGACAUGCUUGUCGUCGAGCUCGGGGCGCUGUUCCACGACCUGACCGAUGCCAAGUACACCUCCUCCUCCACCACGCCCUCUUCGGUGCUUGCGCCAUUCUGGUCGUCACUCCCCUUGCGUCCCAGCCCCGAGCAAAUUGCGCUUGUCGAAAAGAUCGUGGGCAACGUAUCGUGGAGCAAAGACGUCCGGCGCCGGGCCCAGGCGGUGGAGCACCUGAGUGCAGCCGACCUUGCGCUGCGCGAGUGGCUUUCGUCGUGCAAAGAGUUCUGGUGCGUCUCGGAUGCGGACCGUCUGGAUUCGAUUGGCAGUAUCGGGGUGAUGCGCUGCGCAGCUUACAGUGCCAAGUGCAACCGCCCGUUGUAUGUGCCGCCCAACAACGCGCAGAUGGACCCAAAGCCCCCCGCUGAGCAGGCAGAGGGAUACAACGGAUCGGCCAUCGCGCACUUUUACGAGAAGCUGCUCAACAUCAAGGACGAUCGACUCUACACACAGGCGGCGCGCAUCGAGGCCGAUCGAAGACAGAAGGCCAUGCGCAGUUUCAUGCAGGAACUUGAUCUCGAGUGGAUGGUCGCGGCCCAGGGCGCCGAACUCGCAGCGCUAGAACAGCAACAGCGCGACCAGGAUAGCGCACAACCAGAUUUACAAUGA